ACGUUCGAAAACGAAACGAUCGAUUGUACGCUGUCGCUUGCGGUUCGCACUACCACCCUCCGUCAAUGUAAAAAAUCGGAUCGGAAAAACAGGGUCGGAGUGUGUUGUUUUUUCGCGUGUUCCGGGUUCGUGGACGGUUUCUGUUUGGCCGGAAGUGGACCGGGGUGGUGUAAACAUUCGCCAACGACGGCGGUGAAGAUGUGCUAAAGUGGAACUGCUCCAGCAAACGCCAGCGGAGGGUAGAAUCUUGCGCAAAGUAUGCAUGUGGCUCGGUGCACGGUGCUGACUCGCUACGGUCGUGUACACUUGGGCUGUUUUUCGGUGUAAAUUCGGCGUCUUUCCGGUCGCAUGCUAGCGCCGGAAGGUCAAAAACACUGCUCUGCAUCGGGACACAUUAGCAUGACCACCAAACUUACCUACUCAGCAAAUUCCCCCCCAUGGCUGUGAUAGUAUAUUAUUAGCAUUACGCGUUCAGAGCACACCAAAGCACACCGACACACACACGUACGCACGGCUCCAACAAAUACCAGCACCUUCGUCCCACUUCCGGUGGCAAUUGCUCUGGCGCUGGUUCUAGCACCGCUGGUUUUCGAACGGACCGUUUCUCGGAUCAUCCGCCACACUGGACGACUGCAGGAACGCUGAGGGGCUCGUUUGGCAUCGCUCGUCGCCACCACCGACAGUCGGCCCGAUGUCACAGCAGGCGGUGGAAAGUGGUGGUAUGAAAAUUUCCAACUGCUCGAAACCGUUCGCGUGCACCGAAUGCAACAAAUUGUUUCGCCAGCUGAGCACACUGACCAACCACAUGAAGAUACACACGGGCGAAAAACCGUACAAGUGCACGAUCUGCAUGAAGGAGUUCCGUCAAACGACGACACUCUCGAACCAUAUGAAAAUUCAUACCGGUGAAAAACCCUUCAACUGCAACUUUUGUGACAAACAGUUCCGCCAGCUGAGUACGCUUUCGAACCACAAGAAGAUACACACCGGAGAAAAACCAUUCGAAUGUUCGGUGUGCGGCAAACAGUUCCGCCAGUCCAGCACGCUCAACAGCCACAUCCGGAUUCAUUCGGAUGAUAAAUUUUGCAUAAAACCCUUCAAAUGCAGCAUCUGUCCGAAGGAGUUCCGGCAGACGACGACCCUAGCGAAUCACAUAAAAAUCCACACAGGUGAAAAGCCGUACGCCUGCACGUACUGCAGCAAAACCUUUCGCCAGACGGGUACGCUUUCGAACCAUCUGAAGAUUCACACCGGGGAAAAGCCGUUCGAGUGCUCGGUGUGCGGCAAACAGUUCCGGCAGUCGAGCACACUGAACAGCCACAUUCGCAUCCACGCCGACGACAAGUAUUGCAAACCUUCGCAAACGGAGCCACGGUCCAUGGUGGCGCUAAAUGGUGGGCUUAAUUUAAAGGACGAGGACGUCAAACCCUUCUUUGCCAUGAUGUAAAUUGCUAGCGGCGGAUAGCUUGCCUCUGUCCCCCCCCCCGUUAAAAGCAACCGACUCUUCUAGUGUUCGCAGGAACGUCAGCUAAUAUGUUUAAAAAAAUAGAUAAGGAGCGAGAGCGGUACGAUUCGCACCUUUGAUUGUGCAACACUACCCGGCAAAGCGGAUGGGAACCCACCACCACCGAUUGGGUGCGUUGUCGAUUGCUUUAAAUUAUUUUUCACCAUGCACCAUGCGGUGUCGCGCCGGUCGGAAGGCGACGGUGCAGCAGCAGGAGCACACAGGAGCUUACCGUUAAUAAAUAGUUGCAAUUUAAGUUAUAAUAACUUUAUCGGUUCCGCGCUCGGAUUCCAUCCCGGGCCAGCAGCAGCAUCGUCUUAGUGGCUUCCCAAAAGGGUCCAAUUUCGGGGCGUUCGCGUUUCGUUUAUUUAUUUUAAUAUGGUAGAAAAGCAAUUUCAUAAUUUAUUACCGUUAAUAGCCGCAACCGAUAGGUAAUCUUCGUCCGGUUUUUUCUUUUCUUCUCAUGCUUGUGUCCCCCCUCUAUGUUUCGUUCUCGGGUUCGUUUUCUUUUUUGUUUUGUGUUUUAAAUUAGUGUUAUUGAUUUGUGUUCAUUCGAUUCCGUGCAGCAAUUGGGGCUGUUUGCCGCUACACCGUGGCUAGGGCUUACCUGGAGGAAACAGUAAAGUAAGGGAGAGGGAAAACAGAGUGCACGUCGAUCCGUGGCACUAUAAAUAAGAAUCGAAAGCGAAACAACUGUGGACAAAAAAUCACGCCCCCCCCCCCUGGUGGAUGGUGUCGGGACGGAGACGGGGGUUGCGCAUGCUGCUGAUUGGCAUGGCAAAAAAGAAUGCAAUUUUUAUUGUGUGUAAAAAGCCAAGCCAAACGAGCAUGUAAGUGUAUCCCUCUCUCUCUCACCCGGAUGCUAUGCUGGAUCUUUUGUGCAUUCGGUGUGGACGAAGCGACUGCUAGAGCGUAAUCUUAACUCUGUAAGAGCCAGAAAGAACUUAUCAACCGGUAGGAAAUGUGUGAAGCUCUAGAGGGCAAUGUAAAGCAAAAGAACGGACAGAAAAUUGCAACCCAUUUUCCAAAACUUGAGAUUCGAGUCGUAAAAACACGAACGCGCCAAGCUGAGCGCGUUUCCCGUUCAUAAAAGCUCAUCCGCUCGAUAGCGAAACAGCUCGAGUUGAAAAAUAGAAUAGUCUUGAACAAAAUUUAACUGACAAACUAGCAGAAAUACACACAAACAAAAUAAAAAAAAAAACAAAAAAGGACAAACUUGAUAGAAUUUAUCGCCCUUCUUUGAUGAAAGUCUUAAGUUUACUAACAAGCUGUACAGAUUACUCUGCACAAUCGAUCGGACUAUGUGUUUAUGUGCAUGUGUGUGUGUGAGUGUAGAUGCGGAAGGAAAGAGAACAAAGCAAGCAGAGGGGGUAGUAUGCAAAUAUCAGUACUGCGAUGGUAGUGUUUAUCAUUGUAGGGCCAUAGCGGAGUCAGAGUCCGAUCGGGCGGAGUUCGAAAGCGAGACACCGCUCGUGAAGGCGAGCCGCUGAGCGAGAGACAACGGUGCGUGUGUGUGUAGCAACUAAUGUGAUGGAACGAAUCAUUAUGUAUAAUAAAACGUAAAAGAAGACCUACAUCUGA